ACCAAUGCUUUCACAAGUAAUUCCAAACCAGUUCUUAUCCGCUUCCACCAAAACUGGCAAUCUCCACCAAGUCUCCACCCACCAAAACUGGCAAUCAUCCUGCUCCUUCAUGUUAGUAGUUAUAUCCAGUCACUCACAUGUGUUGCAGUUGGACUAACAGUGGUAGACAGACGCAGACGAAAGUGUACUUCUUCUUGCUGCUGCUGUUCUAAAGUCUAAACUAGCACAAACAAACUUAAGAGCGUACAGCCUUGCUCAAAAGUAGGUAGGAAUCGAGCUUGAGACUUUUUGAGAAUAAAAAAUUUUGGGAGAAUGAGAUCAGGAGGUGAAGUGGAAGAGCAAGACGAGCAAAGCAGAGUUCUGUACGAGCUGUGCGCCAUGAUCUCCCACGUCCUCCAAACCCCACCGCUUCCCAUCUCCUCCUUCCCGGGAAUCGUGCGCCCCGCCGUCUCCUGCCGCACUUUCCUGGCUUCCCCGGCAGCCUUCGCCUCCCUUUUUCUCGGGAUAUCUGUGGCUCUGAUGCUGUUUGGGUGCGUGACUUUCGUCUUCGGCUUAUGCUUGAUGCCUGUGGUCAUCGCACUGGUUAUGCUCUUCCACUUUGUGGGCAUGCUUUACAACUUAUCUGAACUGGGCCGGACCAUCCUCUGGCCGGACUGCUCAACCACACCUCCUGUCCCAGUGGCUGUUAGGUGAUUUGUUGGGUUGGAACUUGGAAGACGUGCUGCUCCGAGGUUGCUUUUUAGACAGUGAAUUAUGAAUCGUGGGUAUUAGAGGAAAUCUCUCGGUGGUGGUGGUAACUGGUAAUAAGACGCCAAUUCCAGCUCUGCCUUCUCUUUGCGCGGCCCUUUUCAGUUUCAGUACGCUAAUUUGAAUGACUGACGCAAAUAUUCUAGAUGCAAUUCCUGUUUCAUUCUCCAAAAUUUUGUGGUACAAGGAAUGCCUUUGGAGUAUAUUCCUUUUAUGUGCAGCAGCCAAAUGUCUAACUCUGGAAUGGUUCAUUCUCCAAGAUUACAUUUAGGGAAGUGUGUUAAAACUGGUUCAAGAUUCUCGAUAAUUCAUACGUCGUCGUGUUUGUUGUUC